UGCAGAUAACUCUUCUGCUCUUCAUUUAAUCUUUUCUAAAGCUAGAACCCCAUUUAUUUUUUUGUUGAGUUUGAGGGCUCUGCAAGGGAUCUACAACCAACUGAAAAGUACUUAAUCUUACAUUUGGAAUGUUCUGAAACAUUCUGGAACCUUCUGGAACAUUUUAGAACCUUAUGAUCCCUGUUGACAUCUUGAAGCCACCUGAGGAACUGAGGCUAUUUUUUGUUUUUCUCUGACUAGUCUGUGGUCUCUACCUGUCUGUACUGGUCUUUGCUGGUCUGUACUAGUCUGAACUGGUCUGUAGUGGUCAGGAUGCGAGGGUUAGAGCUAAAGGCCCUCGGUGCAGCGUUGCUGGUCCUUUCAGUGGUUAUCACCUCUCAUUGUCAGUCGGACUCUUCAGACUGCUCCCAGGCUGAGUCAUGUGACCUGUGUGUCGGAGACUCCACCCUAAAUCUGACUGACUGUGUCUGGAGGGUCUGCGGGAACAGUAAUGAUACUGGGUGUGUAUCCGAUCAGGGUGAUUCUCAGAACUGUAAUGUGACAAACGACCCAGCCAUGUGCACAGUCAUAGAGAUAGCGGAAGAAGGUGAAGGGGACUCAGAUGAGUCUCCUCCAGAGCCAUCAGAGUUCUCCCAGGCCAGCUUUGACAUGUCCAGUUUCAUAGGAGGCAUCAUCCUGGUGCUGUGUGUGCAGGCUGGGGGAUUCUUCGCCAUGCGCUUCCUCAAGAAAGAUACCACCUACGACCCCAUAGAGCAGCCAGCCUAGAGGAGAGGAGAGAGAGAAGAGGAGGACAGUGAAAGAUGAAGGAGGGAGGGAUGAGGGGGAGCUGUGACUCACCAUGCUGUCACGAUGCUUUGCAUGACGUCAAUCUACCAUACUCCAGUGCGUGUGUUAUACUUUUCUGUGUGUCCCAGAUGUGCACCUUUCGGUCAUUUUGUUUGUUUGACUGACCGUCCAUUAUGUUGUGUAACUCCUGUGUGUGUGUGUGUGUGUGUGUGUGUGUGUGUGUGUGUGUGUGUGUGUGUGUGUGUGUGUGUGUGUGUGUGUGUGUGUGUGUGUGUGUGUGUGUGUGUGUGUGUGCCCAUGUGUGUGUGUGCCCAUGUGUGUGUGUGUGUGUGUGUGUGUGUGUGUGUGUGUGUGUGUGUGUGUGUGUGUGUGUGUGUGUGUGUGUGUGUGUGUGUGUGUGUGUGUGUGUGUGUGUGUGUGUGUGUGUGUGUGUGUGUGUGUGUGUGUGUGUGUGUGUGUGUGCGUGCCCAUGUGUGUGUGUGUGUGUGUGCGUGCCCAUGUGUGUGUGUGUGUGUGUGUGUAUUCCCUUUUUCCUGUCAGUUUGCCUAAAUGCCUUCUGAAUUUACAGUUGGCAAAUAGUAUUGUCUUAGAAGGUUGUAGUUAUGUGAAUGUGUAAUGAUUUUCAAUCGUGUUUAAACAUGUUCGUUAAUUUGUGUUGUUGAACUGGUUUGGCUUGAGCUGCGUUCAGGAGGGAGAGUUCUGGGAUCUGUUCUGUUGUUGUGUUGUUUAUGAAAAUAAAGA